AUGAGCAUAGCUCAAAAAGUAGCCCACGCUACCAGUCGUGAUUUUAGCCACUCACCUAUAGAAUACGUCAAAACGUCAGGCGGAAUUUUCCGGGACUCGACCAUCCAUGACCUUGACAUGGGAGGCUGGAUCAUAGGAAGCCGACCGACAAGCGUCUUUGCACAAGGCCACGCCCACAAAGAUGAGCUAAAGGCGGCAAGCGACAACGAUCAAGUGGUUGUCGUAGUUACGUAUGAAAACGGCGCCAUUUCUGUGAUAGACAAUGGGAGGUGGUGUCCCUUUGGCUAUGAUCAACGGCUUGAGGUUCUUUGUGAAAAGAUGCAGCUCUCCAUAGAAAACAGGGGAGCUAACCACGUGGUUAGCGGUACGAACCAAGGGAUGUUACAAUCGGCUCCUGAGGCCAACUUCAUGCGCAGGUACCCGGAGGCAUACGCCAACGAGCUGGAACACUUCCUUGACGUACUAGAAGGAAAGGAGGAGUUGCGAGUCACGAGGAGAGAUACCAUACAGGCCAUUCGUCUGGCUGAACUGUGUUAUGAGUCACUGAGGACGAAAGCUGCCGUACCAUACACGGAUUAA